UUGAUUGAACCUUUCAGCUUCUGACUGACAACAAACAGUCUAAAACCUCAUGAUUAGACUAUAUAUAUACACUUAUUUUCAACUGAUAUAGUUAGGCUUGUUUGUCAGAUUAACAACCUAUAAGUGGCAUCAAAAAUUUCCAACAAGUCCACAUUUCUGUAUUCAGUUUUAUUGUAAUAUUCUAGUCUUAUAUGUUAUGUGUUCAUUAGUACAAUGAUGCACUAGGUAACUAGUAGGUGAUUGAACAGCCAAUGGCUGCCUUCCUUAACAAGAAGAAGGAGAUUGUACCUGUGAAACCCUUCAAUGCAAAGCAAUGAUGAUCACUGUGCUUGUUUUCUAUGGAGAUGGUACAAGUAGAGUGACUUCAAGCAGCACUUUAAAAAGCACUCCACUCAAAAGUCACCAGUCUGCUUUCUUAAUUUAGUCAAAAUGAUUCAAUUCCAUUCCAGUUUAUUUAUGAAGCGCCAAUUCUCAACAAAUGUCGUCUUGAGGCACUUUACGAAAAAAGUCAUUUCAAUUCAACCACACAUACACUCCAUUUGGUCUUAGUUGUGAAAACAGUGCAUUAAGUUCAGUUAACUAUUCAAAUUAGUUUUAAAAUGUUUCUAUCCAAGGAACCCCAGCAGAGUGCAUUGGGUCAUUGACUGCCAGCAUUCACUGGUAUUCACAAGCAUGUCGUGACAUUAGACAAUCACUUACACUCAAAUGAAACAGAAGAACUGAGUAUUUUCUGUGUUAAUAGCUACAAAUUACAACCAUAAAAACUGAAGCAGUAAAGUUAAAAAAAGAGUACUUUCAGUGUCAAAAUGUUAAGCUAACGUGGGGUAUACUGUACUAACCUUAGCAUUCUAAAUUCGGUAGCAAAAUCUAGGAGCGCAGAGCAGAGUGGAGCACAAUUAAAUUAGAACUCAGUAUUAUAUUGUUAGAAAACUGUGGUUGAAUGGAAAUGUGUUUAUUCAGAAAACAUAAUUGCACUAUUAUCUCUCACUGCUAUUUAAAUCAGCUAAUUCCACAAAAUAAUUUUUUCAUGAUAAUAUCGCUUUCCAUUUUCUCUUAUCAAACUUUAUUUGGUGAUAAUGUCUGAUGCUUUUGUGUUAAUGCGUAUGUAGUAGUUCUAUGUAAUUAUGUCCUGUGAUUAAACAAGUUAGAGCUCUUUGAGCAUUUGAACAACAAUAAUGAGAGAAAUCCAAUUUAACCCUGAAGAAAGACAGAAAAAGCUAAAAUUGCAAAGGAUUAUCCUUAAAGUGCUCCAAGGAUGAUAAAGCCCAUGCCUCGGUAAAAUAAAUAAUAAUUAGCAGAAAAUAAGAUUUGCUUACAGCAUGGGAUUUUGGCUUCAUAUUUUCCCCGAUUUCCUCAUUCCCAUCCCUGCUUGCUUUUGUUCUGUCAUAUAAAAAGGAGAAUAAAGCCUUGCUUGUUAAUUUUAACCAACUCCCUGGACGCCAAAUUCCAUUCACUAUUUUUGUCCUAAAGACACAUUGUUUCCGACACUUUGUCUACCAUUAGCCUCCCGUUUGUUUGUGACCUCUGAACACAUGCUGUUAUAAUAACUUCUUUCCCGUCUUUCAUUCUCGUUGUUUUUAUUUGUUCAUUUUCUGUCCUUCAUCCUUUUAUUUGAUGUUAAACUAAUUAAAACACAAAGGAGUGAAAGGCUUUCAAAUUAAUUUGUAGAAGCCUUAAUGAAUUGUUAUUAUUUCCUCCGUCAUUUAUUCAGUGUGAUGAGCAUCGUCCUUCCCCUUCAUGGACUGUGAGGGUUUGAGACUGCGUGGUGGCCGUGAUUUCACUACCGCCGACUCCAACCAGGAACUGGCUGCUCCGCCUCCUUCACCUCCCAUGACCUGGCUGCCUCCCUGCGUCCUCGGCAAGGGUGUUCGUUUGCGACUGCGUCUAGAUCGCCAUGACCACCGGGGACGGGGCUGCUGGCACCUAGUCGACCUGGAGGCAGAGUCAGAGCCGCUCGGGAAGAGACUGAAAAGCCCAGACCCUGACGCCUGCAUACAAAGUCAGAUGAGCACCCUGUCUGCCGGCUUGGAGAUGCAAACUUCAACCCUGGAAGCCCAGUUCAUAGUGGCACCCCAGGCUAAAGUAACUGGCCGGAAGAGAGGACGGCCUCCUAUCCGGAAGCUGGAUUUCCAGAGCCACUAUGUGGAUUCUUUAUCGCCCUUGAAGGUCCCAAAGAAGAGAGGAAGGAAACCCGGCUUUAAGCUGAAGCCCAGGAUGGUGAUGUCCUCACUCGCCAACUCUCCUCCCAACAGCACGCCAGAACCUGAGAUGGGGUCUCUCCCACAAGACGCUGCUAUCGUCCCCCACUCUGCCACACCGCAGGUCCUAACAGACACACCCCUGCCUGAUGAUUUCAUAUGUGACCUGCCUGCAGACAAGCGCUACACCAUAGAUCUGAAUGACUCUGCGUUCAACAUAAUGGCAUCGCAGUACCAAACCAAGCCUUCUUAUAUUUACCGUAGUAACAGCUGCUCCACUCCAAUAGGUUUAUGCAGACAGAUUUCAAGUCCGGCGACUUUUCAGGAUGGAAAUAGAACCGCCCUCACUCCCUUGCCAGACGCUGGAGAGGGCAAGCGUCUUCCUGGGAAGGACCCGUCCAACUGGGGCGUAGAGGACGUAGUGUGGUUCAUCAAAGAAGCUGACCCUCUAGCCCUGGCACCCCAUGCUGAGGCUUUCAGGAAACAUGAAAUAGAUGGAGACGCACUCUUAUUGCUGAAAAGUGAGAUGAUGAUGAAGUACCUGGGACUGAAACUGGGACCUGCGCUCAAACUCUGUUACCACAUCGACAGGCUCAGACAGAAUCGCUAGUAAUUUCCUGUAAGAGAACUGAAGGCUGAAAAAAACAUCACCUCAAUAUCCUGAAUAUGAGGUGAAAUUGAAACCUUGGUGCUUUCACUGCAUCUGAACCACUUUUUGUCGACUGAACAUUUUAUAUGUACUUACUGGGACUAUUUGCAACUUUGUUUACUUACCGGCAAUACUUGAGUCUCUUUAAAUAGCAAAUAGUUUUGCUACAUGCAAAUGUCAGCUAACAUUAACUAUAAGCAGCAUUAAUUUAAGCGAACCAUAAUUACAAUCAUAGAGUGCUCCACUAAAGGUCUACAAAGAAAAAAACUUAUCACAGUGUUUUACCUCAUUAUCAUUUUUAAACUCAGCAGUAUUGCUCAGUUCUUGGGCUGCUUGUUUUAAUACAUUUUCUUUCAAAUAUAUAUAUCUAUUUUUCCCCCAGGCUGGAAUUGUACAAAGAUAUUUUAAAAUUUUUGAUUCGGAAAUUGUCUGACAGGGAACAGCUGCUGGUGUAUUAUCCAGGUUUUCCUGUUGUCUGAUAAGUUCACUAAAAAGUGAUGAUAGACAAAGAAAAUGAUCUGUGAACUUUUUAUUUCCACAAACUACUGUAUAGCACAAUGGAUCAGUGGUACUGUAUUUCUCAAAUAAGAACUCCCUUUAAAAUUUGAAAAGAAAAAAAAAAGCUCAUGUAACUUGGUGCUGCCACUACAUCUACACUCAACAUACUAAAUCAUAUCUUGUGUUAAUGUCUAAUUCUAUCCUAAUAGCUUGCCAUUUUUGUUACAUGGUACCUCAUUUCAUGCCAUUCUGAGCAUAAAUGCCUCCGCUGAAGGAGUAAUUGGUCAUAAAAUUAAAAAAGAGGCUAAGUAGCAUUGAGAGUUUUCUCAUGUGAUGCUUUAUGACAAACUUCUGGUUAAACUUAAUCUUAUGCUGUGCAAGACAAACUUGUGAAAUAUGUGUUAAACUUAAAGUUAACUUUUGAUUAAACAUGUUUUUUUAUCUUGCUA